AAAAUUCAAAAACGUUUCUGAAUCGAUAGGACAGCAUGGAAAUAUCAUUAGAUGAAAGAAUAUUACUGGUGUACAGAAGUCUUUGAUUAAAUAGCGAGCAUGGUUAAACUGUUUCAGCUACUAGCAGGAGUCCAGUCGAGCGGGAAAUGCCAAAAUAUUGCAAUAAUAUGAAGUAUACCUGUAAACACCAAGGGGCGUUUCAGUGAUUUGAUGACCAUGAGACGGAGCCCAAGGAGACCCCUGAUUCUCAAAAGACGAAAGCUGCCUUUUCAGCAAAAUGAUCCAUCAGCAGCUGAAUCACCAAACCCUUCUGAUACAUCAGGCUUCAAAGACCCUUCGAAAUCAGUUGCCAGUCAGUGUUUCCCUGAUGGAAUCCGCAUUAUGGAUCACCCUUCCAUGUCUGAUACUCAGGUGGUUGUCAUUCCCAGCACAGCAGACCUUCAAAAUGUCAUUGGGGCCCUCACCGCCAAAGGUAAAGAGUGUGGUGUCCAGGGACCCAACAAGUUUAUCCUUCUGAGUGAGAACAGCAACUGUGGCAGUAGGUCUGUUUGUCAGCCUGCUACCCAAGGGGAUGAUGCCUCUGCAAUAAGUACAGUUGGACAACCGGAAACAGUGCACAACUCCCCGGAUAGUAAACCUCCCACUGGAAUUAAACCAUUCAAUAAGGGACUGGAAUGUGGCCCUUUAGAUGACAGCCUUACCAAUAUUCAGUGGCUUGGAAGAAUGAACACAUGUGGCCUUGAACCAGAUCCUACCAAACAGAUGACCAACAAGGAGAACCAAAACACCUCUUCACAGGCUUUCCAGGCACACAGUGCACAAAUCCAUGCUUCAGCUGUUCAGCAACACAUGUCCAAGCGGCCACCGUACUCCUACAUGGCUAUGAUCCAGUUUGCUAUCAACAGCAGGCCGAAUAGGAGGAUGACACUCAGAGAAAUUUACAUGUGGAUUGAGGAGCACUUCCCUUACUUCAGAGAGGUGGCCAAACCAGGAUGGAAGAAUUCCAUCCGCCAUAACCUUUCUCUGCAUGACAUGUUCAUUCGGGAGACAUCACCAGAUGGUAAAGUUUCUUUCUGGACCAUCCGGCCUGAGGCUAAUAGAUGCCUCACUCUUGAUCAGGUGUACAAGCCUGGUUGCGACCCCAUGACUACUCCUGUUCCAGUGCCAAAGCUUUUAUGUCCCCAUGAACCUCAAAGGAGGAUGCUUCCUGAUGCAAGAAAAACACCAACUUGCUCUGAGAGAAAGAUGAAACCUCUUCUCCCUCGAACCGAUUCCUACUUGGUCCCUUUUCAGCUCCCUGUCACCUCCUCUGUCUGCCUGCCGUCCUCAUCGGCCCUGUUUACUCCGUCUUGCUCACAGCAGAAGCACAACACUUCACGAGGAGUCAAGAGAGUCCGGAUAGCUCCUAAGGUGACACAGAGCAAUACCCCAGCUGUGGUAUUAUAUCCUCAGAAGAGCAAUGACCAUAAGGUGGAGGUGAAGGAGGAGUCAUUAUGUGUUCCAAUUAAAUGUGAGACUCCUAAAGCCCUUCCAAAGAGACAAGCCAGCAGCUCUCGACGCAAACAACAGCUGGUUCACUCUCUACAUGAGGAACCUGUUCUCCUCUGUCCUGACAAUACUUACUUUGACUCUGGCAUAGCCUCCCACAUGUCAUCUUUCCAUGACCUGCAAGAUACAGAGCCAGAUGGGCACCAGCACAAGCAGCACAGCCCCAACCAGGAUUUCUCCUUCAAGACCCCCAUAAAAAGUAGCAGCCACCUGACCUCCUCCACACCCAGCAAACCCCCAUCUCAUGUUUUACGUGAGCCCUGGAAGGUGACCCCUGUGAGCAAAGGCAGCCAAAAUGUUUUGGACUUCAGCCCAAUUCGCACACCAGGUGGUCCCGCAAUCACGCUGCAGCAUGACUACACCACCUUCAGCAGUACUUCCUUCAAUGACUGGCCUCUCUUUAGUUCCCCCAGAGAGCUUCUCACAUUUGCUCCCUCCAGAGUGGCCAGACCAGUGGGGUCUCCCAUUGAAUGUGUCCGAAGCAGCUGCUCCAGAGAGCUACUUCAGGCGGGAGGUGCUACACCCACUAACCGCUCAAUCACAGAGGGCCUGGUCCUGGAUACCAUGAACGACAGCCUGAGCAAGAUACUCCUGGACAUUAGCUUCCCUGGCCUGGAUGAUGAGGACCUAGGUAUGGCUAACAUCAGCUGGUCUGAGUUGGUCCCUCAGUUUCAGUAGCCUGAGGGCCAAAACACAUUUACAGGGUGGUGUCAUAUGUUUUUAAAACACUAUAGGUGGGAAAGCCCACACAGUGGCAGCAAAGCAGAUGCAAAUGCAGGAAAAAUGAUCAGUCUCUGAAGGGAAAAAAAGUGUGGAAACUGUCUGAUUUAGAGGAAGUCUAAAAUUAUAAUAACUGGCCUAAAAGCAACAUUAUGUUGUUUCAAAAAGAGACCUUUCCAUACAAAUGGAGAUAUGUUAUUUAGUUAGAUAAGCCAGCACCAGCUGGUUCAGUCAGCCUACUGGACUUGUAGACUUGUAGCUUGCAAUGCAGGAUUGUUAGCAAUAAACAAUGGCAAAGUAAUACAAAUAGCACUAACAGCAAUAGGGUUGUCUCUGUAUGUUAAUACAGUGUCUACAAUACAGGGGAUAAUUUGUUUUUGUUAGAUAGGGGUUAGGUCAAACCCAUAAUGUAUCAGUGGAUACUAUGACUGUGUAAAUUCCAUUUAAUUUCAUCACAUCAGUAGUAUUCAUAUUGCUAUUUUUUUUCUGCAUUAAAACACUAAGAGCGAAACAAUGUAACAACCAUCACUUCUGCUGCCUUUAAUAUUACGUGUGUAACCUUCCACUCCCUUUCUGUAGUUGUUCAUUUGAACCUUUUUAUAUGUUCAAGUGCUAAAAGUCUGAUUCUGCUCUGUUUUGCAUCUGCUUUUGUUUUCUUUAGUUUUUGACUGCCAUUUGGAAUUAAGUCAGAUUUUUGAGUGAGUGAUGGGGGGCACUUUAAUUUUAGUUACCAGGUCAAAGGUUGCAUGAUGCUCAUUUGUUUUUCUCCACCUCUGGCUUUUGUUUUUUCAUUGGUCACAUCACUCAACAGCUUCAGCUUUACUGUUAUUUCUUUCUUAAAAUUUUUCCACAUGGCCCUGGUUUCUUUGAUCCUUUAUGCUAAUUGUCAUGUCUGUCUGUACUCUUGAAAGAAUUGCUAGAGAAGAGACCUAUGUCUGAGUGUAUAUGAUAUUGAUUUGCACAUUUUAAUAUAUAAUUAGCUUUUACAUAUGUAAAUGGAAUAAAUUAUUUUGCCAAAUAAGCCAGUGACAUUUGGUUCAGUCAUCCUACUGGAAUUUACUUAUUAGCAAUAAACAAUGGCAAAGUAAUGCAAAUAGCACUAAGAGCAACAGGGUUGUCUCUGUAUGGUAACUGUAGAACUGUCUUAUACUGUCUAUACAGCACAGAGGAAUUUCAGGCUAUGCUACGCAAGUUAAAUAAAAGGAAAGAUGCCACA